AUGACACUUGAUCGUGCUUUGGACUUCUACAACAAUUAUGCUCGAUAUGUUGGAUUUGACACCCGUAAAAAGGGAUCGAAAAAGGAAAAAGAAGUCACUACUUGGAUUUACGUGGUGUGUAGCCGAGAAGGUACGCAACAAAGAAAGAGUGAACAAUCUGAGUUGAAACGCAAGCGUUCUUCUAUUAAGUGCUAUUGCAAUGCUAAAGUGUCUUGGAAGUAUAUUAUGGGUGUUGGUUAUGUUAUACAAAGUUUCGUUGAAGAACAUAAUCACGAGAUGGUCGAGGGACGCCAUAAGCGUUUUAUGAAUUUGAACCGCAAUUUGGAUUUAGUCCAUCAGAAAUUCAUCCUCGAUUGUGCUAAUGCAAACAUUGGUCCAACUUUAAGUUUUAGCUUACUUAAAGAAGUGCUUGGUGGAUUAGAUUAUGUAGGGUGUACACUUUUAGGAGUGCGCAACUAUAGACGUGACCUUAGAGCAUACGUGGAAGGAGCUGAUGCACAGAUGUUAUUGAAUGAGAUGCGAAGGAAGAAAGAGCUGUGUAGUGCAUUUACAUAUGAGUUUGAGGUCAACUCAAAGGAUAGGCUGACACGAUUGUUUUGGUGUGAUCCUACUGCCAGAAGAAACUACCAUUUGUAUGGUGAUAUUGUGUCGUUUGAUACGACAUACUCAACCAAUAGGUAUUGUAUGAUAUUUGCUCCUUUUACGGGCAAGGAUAAUCAUGGUCGCCCUGUGACAUUUGCUGCUGGCCUUUUGUCCAAGGAAAAUGCCAACUCAUUUUCAUGGUUAUUUAACCAAUUUGUAAAGUGUAUGGGUGUGGCUCCCAAACUCAUUGUAACGGACCAAGACUUAGGAAUGAAAGUUGCUGUUGAGGAGGUCCUUGUCAAUACAAGACACCGGUGGUGUAUGCGGCACGUUAUGAAUAAAGUUGCUGACAAAUUGCCAAAGAACAUGCUUGGUAGUGAACAAUUAAAGAAGGAGUUGAAUGCAUGUGUAUGGUCAGAGUUGAUAGAGCCUGAUGCAUUUGAGGAAACUUGGCAUGCUAUAAUGGAAAGAUAUGGGUUGGCCAAUAAUGUCUGGUUUUCAUCAAUGUUUGCAACCAGAAAAUUUUGGGUUCCAGCCUUUUUUCGUGAUUUUCCGAUGAGUUCGUUGAUAAAGACAACUUCUAUAUCCGAAUCGCAGAAUAGCUUCUUCAAAAGAUUUCCGUAUCCUAACUCCAAAAAUGGAAUCCGACACACAUUCUACUUCGCACCUUCCCAACAUUGGACAACGCCAUUGAGUUUGAAAUCUCCUCUAGUUAAGGUUGUUCAUGUUGUCCAAUACCAAGAUGUAGUAACGCAUGUUUAUGUUGAUGAGAAGAAGAAGGCACAACCGAUUUUGUUGGGAGAGAUUUUGGGUUUGUACCAGGCUGUAUGUGUCGAUAUUGAUCAAAUUCAUGAGCUGACAUCUAUUGUUCGUGAAGCAAGACAAAAGAUUUUCGCCGACGGCGUAGUAACGUCUACAGCCCAGAAGAAUAAACUAAUUGAGGAAUUUUAUGGGACUGGCGCACCCCAAGAAGUAGAUGUUCAACCACCUGAAGUCGUCAGCACGAAGGGAUCUGAGAAACAGCUUAGAGUCGACAUAGACGAUGCCCUCGAUGACGUUAUUCCCGUUGCUCUGGAAAAAACAAUCAGGGAUAGGUUGGCCGAGAUAGGCCCUAGUACGUCUGGAAAUCAGGGGGAGCCGAAACACCAACAAGGGAUAACGGAUCUGUUGUUUAAUUAA